AUGAUCCGCGAGCUGCUGAGCUACGUACUGAGGAUAAGGGAGUGUUUGUACAGCGAGGACCUGAGGAAGGUGAUCGACAGGGUGACAGUGGAGAUGAACGACACGUUCGUUUGGCUGUUCGAGAGCGUUUUCGCCACGACGCCGACCCUCAUGGUGUCGGUGAUGCUGCUGCUUGCGAAUUUCACGGCUCAUUCCAUGGCCGCCGGGACGACGGAGAUGGUUGCUGCGGCGGCGCUGCCGAGGGUUACGAUGAGUAGCGGUUUGGUCUCGUACUACGAGGAAGAGAGGAGGAUGAUGGCGGCGAGUUUGGAAGAGAAGGAGCUUUGGGGUGAAAUGUUGACGAGGAUCAUGGCGGCGUCGGUUGCGGAGACGAGAAUGGUGUCAAAGGUGGCCGAGUGUUUGAGGUGUGAGAACUUGGUUGGCCAUUUGGGCUUUGGUGAGAGCACGCGAUGUUUUCUUCGUAUUCUCAACUCUGCUCUCUUCUUAAACCCUAAUCCUCAACUCUGUGAUAGGGUGGAGGAAAUUUACGAGCAGGCGGUAGUGGUGGAGCCAAGGGAUGCGGAGGUGAGAAUUUUGUAUGCCGAGUUUCUGCAGUUAAGGAAAGACUUGGAGGGUGCGGAGGAGAAGUAUCAAGAAGCAAUCGAGAUAAACGACAACUAUGAUAUCACGUCCAAGUACUUCGCAUUUCUCGUAGAAACCGGUAACGAAGGUGUUUGUUACCCACUCUAUGAUCUUGGUACCAAUUACCAAUAG